UUCCGGAUGCAAUACAUUGACCGAGCAAUAAGGGCUUGGUCGCCCGUUGUUUUCAACACAACGGUACGCCUUCGGAUAACGUCCUUACCUGUCUAACGACGAUGCCACAAGCGUUAUAGAGUCAAAUCGGCGAUGCUAACCCCGAAAGUACUUCGCUGACGAGUGUGUGAAAAUGUCUGAUGUCACCAAGACUAUCCAGAAAUGGCAUGCGAGUUUCAGUAAAGGGACAGACUUUGAUUCGUGGGGACAAUUAGUGGAGGCUAUUGAUGAGUACCAAAUAUUGGCACGCCAGCUCCAAAAAGAGGUCCAGUCAACCAAUUCCACAAACUUCACUGAAGAUCAGAAGAAAACAUUAGGCAAAUUUGCAACAUGUCUGGAGCUGAGAAGUGCAAGUUUGCAGUGCUCACAGCCAACGGAAGACUUCAGGUUAGAGGAGCUGAAGACGUUGGAACCCAUUAUAAAAAAUAUACUGACUUACAACAAAGAAUUCCCCUUUGAUGUCCAGCCGGUGCCAUUAAGAAAAAUCCUAGCUCCAGGGGAAGAGGAGAACCUGGAGCUGGAAGAGGAAGAGGAUGCUGCAGCAGGAGCUGGGUCUGCUGAGACCUUCCCAUCUCAAGUAUCAGGUACAUUGUUACCACGGUUACCCUCAGAGCCCAGCAUGACACUUCUUACACUUAGGAUUGAUAAAAUUGGCUUGAAGGAUGCUGGCCAAUGUAUCGACCCCUACAUGACCAUCAGUGUAAAAGAUGUGAAUGGGAUUGACGUGAACCAGGUGCAAGAUACCCCUUUGGCCACCAGGAAGGAAGACACCUACAUCCACUUCAGCGUGGAGGUGGAGAUCCAGAAACACGUGGAGAAGCUACCCAAAGGAGCGGCCAUCUUCUUUGAAUUCAAGCAUUACAAACCCAAGAAGAGGUUUACCAGCACAAAAUGCUUCGCUUUCAUGGAGAUGGAUGAAAUAAAGCCCGGCCCAAUUGUGAUUGAGCUGUACAGGAAGCCCACUGACUACAAGAGGAAGAAACUCCAGCUCAUGACCAAGAAACCACUAUAUCUCCACCUCCAUCAGACGCUGCACAAGGACAGCUGAGGGAGAACCUGCUACAUGCCUGGAACUGCCUGGUGGCACAACUUGUUAAGCUACACACCCACAUCAGCCUCAUCAACCGUUCAUAACCCCGCCAAUCUUUGGUGUGAAGCAUUAACACAGCAAGUCAGCAAUACUUACUUGAACCACGUUUGGUUCGCUUUUCCAACCGCGCUAUUGAACGUGCAUUUCAGAUUUUUAUUUACUCAAACCAAUAGUGACACAAUUGAGUCCUCGUCUGCUAUGGAAAUUCAAGCUUUUAUCUUUUUGGGGUUUUAACCAAUGAAACUACUUGAAUGGAUUAAAUGCGAACAGAUUUCAAAUUAGGCACAAAAAUAUAUCUUUUGUUUUAAAUGAUGUGAUGCAGUCCCAGUAAGAUGGAAAAGACAGUGCUUCCUGAAUCACUUUACAUUGAAUAUGGUUGGAUUCAUAUCACAUGGGUUAUCGCUCCAUUUGGAAUAUAAUGGUAAUGUCAGGCGAUUAAUUUACCCUCAAAGAUAACACUAACUGAUUGAACAUUUGUGUGUGUGCGUUUUAUAUGUGUAUGCGAGGGCAUGAAUGAAGAAUCAUGUGCAGUAUUUGUGGACAUACAGCAAAAACAUAUCAAAUAUUUACACUGCUUUCAUUUCUAAUAAACUUUACAUUUAAAACCUGCCUUACUCUUGAGUUCUUU